AUGAGAUAUAGCCUUCUAGCAGCUUCUUUGGCCCACAUAGCCCUCGCUUUCCCAAACAGCCAGGAGAGGCGGGCUUAUAUCAAGCCUGUCGUGAAAGGAACACCUCAAGUAGUUGGUAUUCUGGCAGACUCUUCCUUGAAUCGAGACUCUUGUGGAUCUUCUCUGUUUGGAGAUCGUGCUUUGUGGGUCUGUAGAGAUACACAACAUUAUGAUUCCGAUGGAAUCCCGAAUUUGCCAAUUUUCACUAGCUCCGCAUCAUGGUCGGACUUGGUCACUGGUGGCGGCUCUCAGCUGACCAUGUACGGCGACAAUCAAGACAACUCUUUCUAUCCACUUGUUCCUGGUAACUGUGACGAUAACCAAGCUGGAAUAUGCUCAGACGGAACGAGAUAUCCGCUGUGGGCCAACGCACCUCCUCUGGUCACCAGCUCGGAUUCGAGUGGUACGACUGGAUAUACGUGGAUCAGCAACUCCCAUAUUUCGGGUCUUUCCGACCUUAUCCCACAUCCAUCCGUCGCUCUAUACCGCGUCAGCUACACUACCGGGGCAAGUGGUCUCCCCAAGGUCGAGUUGAUCAAUGAAGCCUUCUGGGCUGAGAACGACAUUCCCUUUGGUACAUAUGGAGGUGUGGUCCAAGAUGACGUUGUGUAUAUCUGGGGACAAGCCACGGGGGGGCUCUGUGAAUCUCGCACGCGUACCCGUUGCCAACGUCGAGGCCAAAUCGGAUCGUUUGUCUGGAUCGGUCAGGCGAGUAACUCGGUCUCUGCGGAUUUCUACAUCACCACUUCGCCUGCACCAGAAGGACCAUGGACUGAGCCAGUUCAGUUCUACUCAGGUGUCAACGGAAAUUAUUCAUUGGGGGCAUAUACUUUACAGGCAAAUCCGGCACUUUCUCUGCCCGACUCCAACGAGGUCUAUCUCACGUAUACCAAGACCGAUGCAGUCGGAGAUAAUGUCGCGUUGUAUACCACGCCUCUGAUACGCGUGGAAUGGGAAAAUUAA